AUGGCUCGGACGCUGUGGCUGCGCGCCUUCCGUCGGCUCAAGAUCAUCAGCGCCUUCAGAAGGAAAUGUUCCAGAGGUCGUCGGAUGGGCGAACCCAGUUCUGGCGACGCCAAGCCGCGUUCAUCCCUCGGACAGCGAUUUUCAAUCGACAGAUCUGCUAUUUACAACCUUCUUGAUGAGGUUUGUCAUAUUGAAUUUGUAAUUGCAUGAAGAUAGCGUUAUUCAUUUUUUUUUUCUGUAAAUUUUUUUUUCUUUUUUUCUGAGCUUAAAAAGCGUUUUUUUAACUUCUUUUUUUGGUUAAAUUAAUAUCCAGAGAUGAUUAAAGUUUUUUUAUUAUUAAUUAUUUAUUACUGCGAUAAAAGAGUCCGUUCAAAAAAAUUUCCUUCUGGAACUUUGAAAUAAAACCUUCACGACGUAAAAAUUUGACUGUAAACGGUUAUCAGGCUGAAUUUUUUACAAAAAAAUCAUGAAUGCUCUUCCAAAAACACCAGUAAGAAUUUUGAAAAAUUAAAUUGGCCAAAAAUCCUUCUGUUUUUCCUCCCUCUUCUGGAUAAAAAUGAACAAAGUUGCAGAUGAGUUUUGAAUGACUCUUUAAUCCCGAAAUCCGCAUACUAAUCUGCUCCGCCACGUACUUUGUUUCCUCAUAGAAAACAUCAUGAUAAGCGAGACAAAAAAACGUAAAUUAGUAAUACGAUAUUUCCCCUAUUUUGAGAUUAUGAGUAAAAUUGAAGUUUUUUGUUUUGUUUUGAAGAAAGAAAAUUAACGGUUUAGCGCUCUUCUGCCAGGACCUAUGGCUUGUUCUGGCGUCUUAUUUGCUCAGCCUAAAACAAGCAUUUGGUGCCCUCCUGUUUGAUUGUGCGAGGCGCUUGGAUGUUGUUUUUUGUUUUUUGAAACCUUCAUCCUUCCAAUUGAAUUGAUUGGAAGAAAAGUUGCAUAAACUUGAUUAUAAACUGUAGGAGUUCACUCAAAACAAAUUGAGAUUUAGUGUGAAACACCAAAUAAUUUGAGAAAGAGAAGCCUCUUAUGAGAAUUUAGCAUUUGUUGUGCUUUCAGUUGGCCGUCGAAAACCACGGAUAUUUUGAAAAGAAUGCGUCUUCUUAUUCUGGUAUCUAUGGAGAACGUAUGACUUCAGUGUACCUCAAACUUCGCGAAUCGGUUGCCGAACUCAAAGGUUCGUUUCAUCCUGAUUACCUACUCUCACUACAAAAUGUUUAGGAAACAUCUCUCAGCUGCAAGAAAUUUCUCCAAAGUACGAUUUCGACGAGAAAACUCCAGGAAACGGCUACAGGCACGUUUUUUUUGUUUGACCUACGUGUUGGCGUUUGUAGUCUUUGCGUCGUUUGCGGACAACUACGAUUCUUUUUGAUUCGUUCGUUUUGCUAGGUAGAAGGAGGAAGCCCCCAAAAAAGUCUUUUUUGCUGCGAGAAAUAGGAAUGAAUUUUUUUCGCUUAUGUCGAAAAAUUCAGAGAGAACGUGACUCAUUUGGGUGGGAACGUCCCAUUAACACAUGAGUAAUCAGCGACUUUAUUGAGAACUGGUUUUUUCCUUGUUAAAGAGAAGUUGGUAAUUGAGAAUGCGUGUUUGUGUCAAACAAAAACGGAACGUUUUGCAAGCUCCAAAGAAGUUAAUACUUUCCAGAUCAUUGGUCUGCGUGUGCGACACGGCAGUUUUGCAUCUGGUGUCCUUGUUGAAAGCCAUUACGGACCAGCGGCAAUCGUUUGUUUUCCGAUUCUCGCAUUUCUGCAAGGAAUUGGAAGCCUACGUCACAAUAAUUGACUACCUCAAUCAGACUGUUCCCUUGGUAAGGAUAGGAUAAAGGACAUUGUCUUAACAGUUGCAGUGCAGACGCUAGGCAACGAACAAACUCUCAAUGGAUCUCUUUUCCCUCCGCUCGAAGGAGAGUACGACACGUACCAAAAAGUACUGCAUGGCAUAGAGAAAUUGGACUCGACCGUGUUUUUUGGCCGCCCUUUGGGAUUUCAAGUUGCGGAAAUAGAUUUUCUGUAGAAAUCUUUGGUUUCAGUUUUCUCCAUCGGUCAACCGCAUUUUUCGCGUGAUCGGAGUGAUUCUCGCCACUUACAGCCUUUCGUGGGAAAAAGGCCAUGGACCAAUCGGAUCAAUAAUUAGCGGUGGAAGAUUUUUCCUAAGCCCGGAACAAAGAGCCUCCAGGAUCAUUAAAGUGAGCUAUAGGAAAAAUAAAAUACUAAUUUUUUUCUUGGCUCAGGUUACCAAAGAAGCGGAUAUCGAUUUUUGCAAAGGCUUCUGGAACUUGUCGGAGCUCAGCAAUGUAUCGCAAAGAUCUUUUCAUGAAGCGAUGUACAUUUUAGAACAUGCCGAAGUUGUUCUGUCCCAACAUGGCACUGAAUGAACUAAGAGAAAUUGACUGGUGCGGGCCGAUACCGAUGGAAUCGACAUCUGGCGUUUCAGGUAAGAAUUAUCUGAAGAGUUAGGACAAGUCUUUUUUGAGACGAAAAACAAGUAUUUUCAAAAAAUCUUUGCAGUUCAAGUCCCUGAACCCACCGCUCACACAGGUCCAAGGCCGGUACAAAUUCGAGUUCUUUCUGCCGUUCAUCGUCAACACCUGGUAAUUGUAUAUCAGAUCAAACUUUAUUCUUGUUCAUUGCAUUUGCAGUCUUCUUCUCCACUUUCCGCUCUUCAUCCUCCGUCCCCGUACCUGGUUUUGCAUUGCCAUGGAGGUGGAUACGUCGCAACUUCGAGCAAAUCUCAUGAAGUCCUACUAAGGAUACUGUAUUGAUUUCAACCUUCGAAAUUCCAGACUUACUUGCGCUUCUGGGCCAAAAGUCUGAACUGCCCAGUUGUAUCUGUGGAGUACUCUCUUGCUCCGGAAAAUCCAUUCCCACGGCCUACCGAAGAAGUUCUUUACGCCUACGCUUACAUCAUCAACAAUCCUUCUCUUCUUGGUCACUUUCUCAGAAAUUUAUGCAAUAAAGUAUUUCUUCAGGCUGGACUGGAGAGAAGAUUGUGAUGGUUGGCGACUCAGCUGGCGGGAACCUCAUAAUGUCUGUAAAUUUACGUCUUAUCCAAAUGAAUAUCAGAAGAAAACCUGACGGUCUUGUUCUUUGUUACACGCCUUUCCUUUUCCAGGUAAAUAAGAAUGGAAAUGAAAUAAAAAUCAUUUUCUGAGAAUUUAGUACUUGCCAUCUCCUUCUCGAAUGCUCAGUGUCAUGGAUCCUCUUCUUCAUAUGGGUGUAGUAUUGCGUUGUGUGGCCGGUGAGCUCUUCUUCUUCAAUUAAUCGAUUAUCAAGAACAAUUCAGCUUACACCGGCGCCUACAGCUCCCACCUGAACAACAACAACAAAGUGAGCAGCGACGGAGCCUCGGUCGACCAAACUGACGGACAAACCCACCGAUCUCUUCAAGAAUAUGUCAACGAGGUGCAGAAAACUCAAGUCGACUUUGCGGUAAAUAUUUCUAACCAAUUGUUAAUUCAUCCGUAGCGCUAGGGCGGCUCUCAGUCGAUCGUCUCCCUUGUUCAAAAGAGCCAUGACGACAACGGAUAUGCUCCCGCCAAAGCCAAUUCUUAUUUCAAGACGCAGGUGCAACCAGUUAUUUUCCAACCCAUCAUUAUCUUCAGCCAUUUUUUUUUGAAGAUGAUGCAAAUGUUUAGGUUCUGGGACAUUUAAACUAACGAGAAAAUUAGAUAUUUCGCUUGUCCCUGAAAUUUUUUUGUUUUAUGGAGGUGUACUGUAUGUAAUGAUGACUGAGCUGGAAUUAUUCAUGAGUUAUUGGAAAUUUGACGAGCGAAAUCCCUUAUAGCAGCCUUGUAAUUUUUCUUGAUAAAUUGUCAAUUUCUCAAAUUAAGGACGACGGUUUCGCAAACGGAUGUGACGGGAAAGAAACAUCCAGAGAAAACGAAAAAAAUGAGGAAGAAAACGAAAGCGAUGACGACUUGGAAACUCGUAGUAUUGCUAGCGUCCAGGUAACCUAGUAUAAUCUCUUAAAAUUUAAAAAGUAUGAAAAUGGUUCAGAUCGACUCGGAUCCAUUUCACAUCCAGUUGAGCACGUCGCUGUACGAUGGACAGUUUAUCGAUUUUCUCACUCGACAUCCGACAACCAAAGAGUUUGUUUUUUUGACUAGUAUUGAGCUUACUAAAGAUACCCUUUACGAAGAGAAAUGGUUUUCAGUCAACUGUCGUUUGAGACGGAAAAUGAGCCUGACGUUCCUUCUCCUUCUAUGCCUACUGAACCCGCUCAAGAAGCGACGUUGGUUUUUUUUCUCGAAAAAACGGAAUUCAGCAAAAUUCUGCUUGUACAAACAAUAAAAUGUUCUUGAAACGAUAUGCCUAUAUUUUCCGCGUAAUCUUGAGUCAAAAAUGACCAGAAAAUAGUCUAAGCUUUUUUUCAGUUUUUUAUUUUUUUUGCAAACCCUGACAAGACUAUUGGCACGUUCUCAAAAAGAAAUAAUGAUUUAUUUUCGAGAUUCCCAAAAGUAACACAGAAAUCGUAGAAGAAGGCAGAACAAAAUGAGUUUCCAGAGAAGAACUGAUGGCUCAAGAGUUUGGCGCGGCUAUCGUAGCGGAAGAAACUGUGACAAAACGGCCUCGUCUUCUGCAGUUCAUCAGCGGCGUUGCAAACAUCGCUCCAUCGCACACUGCUCCUUCUACUCCCCAAUCAGUACAGAAGACUCUCACUUCUAGUGCUUCUGUCCAUACUUUCACACCCUCAGCUCUGGUUAGUGUUUUGAAUUCAGCAACAAAUAUUUUUUCAUCCAAAAAACCUCCAUUGUGAACUGAUGCUUUCAGCAGCAAAAAAGAUCCUUGUCUCAAAGCCUCGCUGACACUGCCGCAUCUACAGCAGCGUUUGCUCUCGACAACUUGCAAGAAUGGCUGGAAAGGCCUGCGCGGCAAAAGCAAAAGCUCGACCGCACUGUUUCUCACAAAGAAGAAAUUGACACCGUCUUGGAGGUAAUUUCAAAAGCUCAUAGUUCCUCUCAUGUCAUUUUUAAGGAAGAAGAAAUCCCACCUCCAAAAAGUCACAUUUUGGAAUUGGUCAAUACUACCAGCGUGCCUCGAGAUCCUUUGAUUUCUCCCAUGUACGCUGGCGACGAUCUUUUGAAAGAACUUCCUCCUUGUUAUUUCUUGGUCAGUUUGUGGUUUCAAUGUAAGCUACUGGUUAGAUACAUUUAAAAAGAUGUGAAAUCUUGAUGGAUUCCUCUUUUUAUGCUUAAAUGCACACGAUUUUCGGGAUGCUUGAAAUCCCACGGGAAACGAUUUGGGACUAUAAAACAGCAGAGAACUCGUUUCUACUCGUCGAUAUGUGUCAAAAUAUUUUCCAAUUAGCCUACUUUCAUUGUUGAAACUAAAAAGUUAAUAUUUCUCAUUUAUCGACGAACAAGGUUCACCGGAAAGUGAUUUUGGUUUUUUCUUUGAUAAAAACGAAAACUGGAGCAGCGUAACUUUAAAAAAAAAAGAAAAAUGAGGUAUUUGCAUUCCAGGCGUGUCACCUGGAUCCACUACUCGACGAUACUAUCGCUUUCGCUACAAAGCUUCGGAACGCUGGCGGUACCGUAGAAUCGGUGGACCUUCUCUCCUCCGUUCCUCAUGGGUUCCUCAACUUCUCCCUCAUCUCUCCCGAAUGCAAACGCGGCGCGAAAAUGUGCAUCAGACGGCUCAAGCAGGCCUUAGGAAUCCCUUUGACUUCAGAUGACCGAAUUUGA